AUGAGCUUGUCUGAAACAGCAAUCUCUUCCCCAGAACAGCCAAAUACAACAACUAAUAGAGAUGAAAUCAAAAUCACUACUGGCUUCGUCAAAAUUAGUCCCGAUACUGAGCUCUAUUAUGAACUGCGUUCACCACAAGUUCUACAAGAGACAUCAAAAGUAAUUAUGAUAAUGGGUGCAUUUGCUACAUUGAAACACUUCGAUAAACAAGCACAAUUUAUUGUCAAACAUUUUGCUCAUUCUUCAACACCAAUGGAAGUUUUGACAUAUGAUCAUCGAGGAAUAGGGAAGUCACUAACUACUUCCAAAGUUCGGCAAACAUCACGUAUGCUUGCUGAUGAUGCUCUUGCUUUAAUCGCUAAAGUCUGGGCAGCAAAUGAGCCUGUACAUAUAUACGGUGCCAGUCUUGGUGGAAUGGUAGCACAAGAAUUGGCUCUACUUUUAAUCCAGUCAAAUCGUUUGAGAUCGUUGUAUCUUGCAGUGACGUCACGUGGUAGUUUUAUUCGACCGAUGGCAAUACUUGGUCCUAGCACCUGGUCAUUGCUAAUGCCGUUUCUUAUCAAGAAAGAUCAUGAAAGAAUGAUUCGUGAUGUUCUUCUUCCUGCUACAUUUUCACCUUCUGCUCUUAAAGUUAGUGGUGAACGAUAUGCAACAUUAUGGAUUAAUGAGUAUGAUCAAUGGUGGGCUUUUGGUAAUCAAGAUGCUUGUGCUUGUCAGUGCUCGGUGACUGCUUCACAUUAUUUAUCGAAUGACAAAGGACGCUUAAUACGUGAUGCAGGUAUUCCGAUUACCGUUCAAAUAUCGCUGAAAGAUGCUUUGAUGUCAUCGAAAAAACAAGAAGAAUUAGCAAAAUUACUAAAUGCAAAGACAGUUGUAUUCGAUCAAGGUCACAUGGGUGAUGACGACGUUCAAAAAGAAUUAUUUCAAGCAUGUAUCCAACAUCUAGAAGAGAAUAAUUGA